UUCAGUAAUGCAAUGUACAUAAACCGGAGAGGAAAAACAGCGCGUGACUUUACAGCACCAAAUGCCAUAAUGCAAGGAUCAAGAAUCUAAUCGAUAUCAGAUGCAGCCCUAGCUGCCGCAUUCAUGCAAAGCUUAUCUCGGGAUGCAUAGGCUUGAGCUUUUUAAAGCCUGUGCAUCCGUUCUCCUCUCUAAUGUCUUUGCGUCAUAUGGCAGAUUCUGAGCAAUCUGUGCGUCAUCCGCCGUGUUUCCCCCGAGCAGCAUCAGUUUCCCAUCACAUCUCUGGGAAGCGCCGCCUCUCCUCGCGGUGGCCGCAAAUUUGACUCCUCGCUUGAUCAUGCCCUCUGUGCGUUGCAUGCAUGCGGCGGGACGCGCGCGGUGAGGCAGGUGUCUGGCGCGUGAUCCGCAGCGUUGAGACAGGCAGCAGCACUCAACAUGACCGAGCUGGUGGCUCGGACCCUUCCGUCUCCUUCAGCUGCGCAGGGUCCCGGCCUGGACGCUUAUAAAGGAUGGCUUUUUAAAUGGACCAACUACCUGAAGGGUUACCAGCGCCGGUGGUUCGUCCUGAGCAACGGCCUCCUGUCGUACUACAGGACUCAAGCUGAAAUGGCACACACCUGCCGAGGCACGAUUACCUUGGCGACGGUGCACAUAGAGGUGGGCGACACCUGUCACUUUGUGCUGACGAGUGGGGGGCGGAGCUACCACCUGAAGGCGUAUUCAGAGGGCGAGUGUCAGCGCUGGGUUUCUGCUCUGCAGCAGGCCAAAGCAAACACCACACAAAUGAUGCCCCAUUCAGAUGACUCUGGAGACGAGGGUCCACUAGCCCAGCCGGAUCGAGCUCUGAUCCAGGGGUCGCUCAAGACCCUGGCUAGCAAGAUUGAAGACCUCAGCACCUGCAACGAGCUGAUCGGGAAGCACGGCGCGGCCCUCCAGCGCUCCCUCAGUGAACUGGAGGACCUGCGGGCCGCCAGCGACGGCGUCGAUAAACUGAAGACGGUCAACGAGCGAGCCACUCUCUUCCGCAUCACUUCCAAUGCUAUGAUCAAUGCCUGCCAGGACUUUGUGGAUCUAGCGGAGGCACACAGCCGGCGGUGGCAGCGCGCGCUGCAGUAUGAGCGGGAACAGCGCCACCACCUGGAGGAGACUAUCGAGCAGCUAGCCAAACAACACAACAGUCUGGAGAGAGCCUGGAGAGAAUCGCCCAGCACACACAAUAAAGGGGCCGAGGGAACACCGGAGGGAGAAUCCAGUGAAGAGAAUGAAGAUAUAGAGUUCUUUGAUGCCAUGGAAGACUCUCCUGCCUUUAUCACAGUGCCUGCAGACGAUCACUCACAACACAGUAAUCAGACCGUGACCAGUGGAAGUUUAUCCAGUAAUUGGAGCCAGGAUGACAAUGACAGGUCUGGUAGCUACCUCCGCAGGGGUAGACGCUGUCGUAUCCCAGAUAAGCCCAACUACUCCCUGAACCUGUGGAGCAUCAUGAAGAAUUGCAUUGGAAAGGAGCUCUCUAAGAUCCCCAUGCCUGUGAACUUCAACGAGCCGUUAUCGAUGCUGCAGCGCUUGACAGAGGAUCUUGAAUACAGCGAGCUCCUGGACCGGGCGGCACGCUGUGACUCCUCUCUGGAGCAGAUGUGUCUGGUGGCCGCCUUCUCCGUCUCAUCCUAUUCAACUACCAUCCACCGCACAGGGAAGCCCUUCAACCCCCUGCUGGGAGAGACCUAUGAGCUGGACCGCGUGGAGGAGUACGGAUACCGCUCCAUCUGUGAACAGAUAAGUCAUCACCCUCCGGCCGCGGCCCACCAUGUGAUAUCACAGCGAGGCUGGACCCUGUGGCAGGAGAUCACCAUCGACAGCAAAUUUCGUGGCAAAUACAUCUCUAUCAUGCCGCUAGGCAACAUCCACCUGAGGUUCCACUCCAGUGGAAAUCAUUAUGUGUGGAGUAAGGUGACCUCCACUGUGCACAAUAUAAUUGUGGGCAAACUGUGGAUAGAUCAAGCUGGGGACAUUAUAAUCAUGAACCACAGGAACAAGGACAAAUGUCACCUCAAAUUCUCCCCAUACAGCUAUUUCUCCAGGGAUGUUCCCCGCAAGGUAACAGGCGUUGUGAUGGACAGCGAAGGUUGUGCCCAAUACAUUCUCUCUGGAACGUGGGAUGACAAAAUGGAAAGUGCAAAGAUCAUAGAGAGCAGCCACGGCUCUGGAGGAUCUGAGGGCAAACAGAAAACUGUCUAUCAGACUCUACCACCAAAACUACUGUGGAAGAAAUACCCUCUGCCUGAGAAUGCAGAGAACAUGCAUUACUUCUCUUCUUUGGCUUUGACUCUGAAUGAGCCGGAGGAUGGCAUUGCCCCUACUGACAGCCGCCUACGUCCUGACCAACGGCUGAUGGAGGCAGGCUUGUGGGAUGAAGCGAACGCUGAGAAACAGUGUCUGGAGGAGCGUCAGAGACUGGAGAGGAGGAAGAGAGAGGCGCAGGCAAAUCUUGCUCUAGAAGAGCGUAAGGAGGCCGAGAGCUACCAGCCCUUGUGGUUUGAUAAAAGGACUGAUACAGAGACAGGUGAGAGCAGCUACAUGUAUAAAGGAGGCUACUGGGAAGCCAAAGACAGACAGGACUGGAGUCAGUGCCCUGCCAUCUUUUGAAGCCUCUCUUCCAUACCAGGACCAGCUUCCCAUUCCAAGUCAUCCUGCCAACCCAUGUUUCCCAGAUGUGGAAUAUGCAGAUUCCAAGGCACCCAUAUGCGUGUGUGUGUGUGUGUACAUAU